AUUUACAUAAAUUGUAAUGCAAUAUGAUUUGAUGGAUAAAAAAUAUUCCAAGAAUAUCUAGAAACAAAAUCUAAUUUUUAAAAUUCCCGCUCAAAAGAAUGACGUUUUAUAAACGUAUCGUUAAAAGGUUACGAUUGGAUCUAAACGAGAAGCUAAUUAAUGUGUCCUUGCGAUAUUUAUUUCUUCCCGCUUUUUCUUCAAUGCGUCGAUAUCGAAAGUUCGAUCGUAUUUAAAUCGAUUAUUAAAGGUGCAUAUUCAACGAAUAUUUAUAAUCGAUUAUAAGAAUUUGUUGGAUGAUAACUAUAAAAAUUUAAGGUGAUUAGGUUUCGUAAAACGAAUGGUGAUUUGAAAAUGCCUUCGAUGGCCGGAAAUAGCGGAAACGGGUUAAGGAUGGUGACAUUACUAGUGGCAAUGGUGGCAGCAGUCGUCCGGUGUAAACACGACGAAUGACGCGUUCUACCGCGCAGCUGCCAACACGCAGCAUUUGAACCUUCCUUACCACUUUGUAGUUCGAUCAGCCAUAUUGCAUUCUGGAUCUUACACAACGCCCUCACGCGAACGAUCGCGAGUUUACGAGACUUGUAAGUAAACAAACAGUUGUAUGAAUUAAUGGAAUGAUCAUGACGAGCAACGUUGCAACAAUAAAGUUGGAAGAGGGACAGGAAUCUGUACGAGAGAUUCAAACUUAUCUUGAAACAUUUAACAAGGAAAUAGAAGUCGGACAAGUAGAACAACCUCAGCAUGUUGAGUUGCACCAAGUGGAAGGAUUAUCAGGAGGAGAAGAAGGUGGUACCUACUUUAUCGAUCAAACUGGUCAAUAUUAUUAUCAGGCAAAUAGCGAUGAAACCCCUGUAAUGACUCAAGUACAAAUUCAAGAAGUUGAAGAAAAUGACGCUCAUCAAGAAGGCGAAGUUACUCAAGAAGAACAAUAUCAUGAGAUAGAAGAAUUGGAAAAUGUUGACGGAGAUGAAGAUGGUCAAGCUUCAAACAACGGAAACAAUCAAGUUGUAAUUAACUCUGGAGAUGCUUAUCAAACCGUUACUAUAGUACCAUCCGACACUAAUCCUGGUGAAGUUAGUUACGUUUUGAUAGUACAACAACCAGAAUCCGAGGACAAGGAAAGUAGACCCAAUGAAGGUGAAAGUGGAGAGGUAGAAGAAGCAGAAGGCGAACAAGACUUGACUGUUUAUGAUUUUGAAGAUAACGAAGAUAACGAAGCUCCCGUAGAAUCCGAAGUAGAAGAUGAUAAAACUAAAAUAAUUAAGUUUAUUCCAAAGAAAUCACAAACUGUAACCCAAGCGCAUAUGUGCAAUUAUUGUAAUUACACCAGUCCCAAACGGUACUUGUUGUCGCGGCAUAUGAAAUCUCAUUCGGAAGAAAGACCACACAAAUGCAGUGUUUGCGAGAGGGGAUUUAAAACUUUGGCUUCCCUUCAAAAUCAUGUUAACACACAUACCGGGACCAAACCUCACCACUGCAAAUUUUGUGAUAGCGCGUUUACUACAUCUGGUGAACUUGUGAGACACGUAAGGUACAGGCAUACUCAUGAAAAACCGCAUAAAUGUCAAGAAUGUGAUUAUGCUUCGGUUGAAUUAUCUAAAUUAAAACGACAUAUAAGAUGUCAUACGGGAGAACGUCCUUAUCAGUGUCCACAUUGUACGUACGCCAGUCCUGAUACCUUUAAAUUAAAACGUCAUCUUCGUAUACAUACAGGCGAAAAGCCAUAUGAAUGCGAUUUUUGCCAAGCAAGGUUUACACAAUCAAAUAGUUUAAAAGCACACAAGUUAAUACAUAAUGUAGGUGACAAACCUGUUUUUCAAUGUGAAUUAUGCCCCGCUACUUGCGGAAGAAAAACCGAUCUUAGAAUUCACGUGCAGAAAUUGCAUACCUCGGACAAACCAUUAAAAUGUAAAAGAUGUGGAAAAACAUUCCCCGACAGGUAUAGCUAUAAGUUACAUAGUAAAACACACGAAGGAGAAAAAUGUUACAAAUGUGACUUAUGUCCGUAUGCAUCAAUUUCUGCACGUCACUUGGAAAGUCAUAUGCUGAUCCAUACGGAUCAAAAGCCAUAUCAAUGCGAUCAUUGUUUUCAGUCUUUCAGACAAAAACAAUUGCUUAAACGUCAUUGUAAUCUUUAUCAUAAUCCAAAUUAUGUUCCUCCACCGCCGCAAGAAAAAACUCAUCAGUGUCCUGAGUGCGAAAGACCUUUCAGACACAAAGGAAACCUUAUUCGACACAUGGCUGUUCAUGAUCCAGAAUCAUCUUUACAAGAAAAACAACAAGCCCUGAAGAUGGGUAGACAAAAGAAAAUUCAAAUAAUCGAUGGUCAAAGAGUUGAAGUUUUGACAGGUGACUUAGCUUCUAAACUUAAAGGUUAUGAAGAAGAAGAGGAAGAAGAUGAAGAUGAUAUGAUGGCGGUAGAAGGAAGUGAUGGGCAACAAUAUGUUGUACUAGAAGUAAUUCAAUUAGCUGACAAUCAAAGCUCCGAGCAGAUGGCUGUGGUAGCUAGCGAAGAUGGAGAUUUGGUGAUGCAAGAUCCUUUGAGUCAAGACAACAGUAUGGUAGAUGGAACGGGAGAAGAAGGUUGCGAAGUCGAAGAGGAUGAUAGCAAUAUGCAGGAAAUCAAAAUUGAACCUGUAUCGUCUUGUAACACAAACAAAUCUUCAUCUCAAAAUACGCAAAGUGAUCCGAAAUUGCAAAAAGAGAUGGAGACAUGUUUUGGUUUUGAUGAAGAAGAAGAAGAGGAAGAAGAAGGAAACAGUAAUAUAAACAUUUUACAGAAUAUUUCGUAAUAAGAGGAAGAACAAAAUGAUGUACCUAUUUAAAUAAUAGUCCAAUCGUUCUCCUUUUGCACAGUGUUUACACAGUGAUGUAUUGAAUGCAGAGACUGCAAGUUAAAUGUAUUAUCAUUUUUAAACACAAUUGUUACCAUUAAAACAUGAAAUUUGUUAAUUCAUGAAAUAACCAGGAAGAAUACAGAUACUGCAUGUAUCUACAUGAUUUGUAGGUACAGGUGUACAUACUGCAGUAUAUAUAGUGAAAACUGAGGUAAUAUAAGAAUUCACUUAUGAAAUAAAAUAUCAAAUUUUAAUGGAUACACUUUAACGGUAACAAUUACACUGAGUUCCAAGAAAACUUUUCUCUGGAGCUAUUGCGGUCCACAUACGGCAUAUGUAUGGUACAAGAAUCUUCUUUUGCCACUAGUGCAUUAGAUACAUGUAAUAAUUUAUGAAAAUACAGUAGUUUUGUGGUUUAGCGAAAUAUCAUGAAAAUGUACAAUUAUAAUAAUGUAAAAUAUUUUAUUGUCAAUGAGAUUUACUAACUCCUUUAAAAUUGAAAAUGACAUUAUCGAAUUAAGAACAACGUGUGUCAAUAGUAUAAAGAAUUAUACUAGUAAUUCUAGUUUAGCACAAUAUUUUUAAAGAAAUUAUUUAAGACUUCAAGAUAAUAUCAUGACGGUAACUCUGAAAAAGAAGAAGAAUAAUACAGAAUUUAUUCAACUUCGUUGAAAUAUAACUUAUAUCAAGAAGAGUCGUGUGAUGUUGUAUUUGUAAAUACUGCUUAUUGUCACAUUGUUUCAAAGACAAAUAUGAAGUAUUAGAAUAAGUAGUAUAAAA